AGUUCGGAGCUCAGAGCGAGCGAGCGCUGGCUGAGAAGAGGCGGCGAAGUGCGGGACGGAGCAGAGGCAGCGGUCAGCCGUGGAGCCGAGGAGAAGGGCUGUUUGUCGGCGGCGCCUGGCUCGGGCCCCCGGCCGGCCAUGUAGCGGCCCCCCUUCUCCCCUCCCUCCCUCCCUCCCGCGCCUGGCUCGCCUCCCGCCUUGCCCGCCUCUGGGGUCUCCUUCCUUCCCGGAGCAGCCGGCGGGGACCAUGCGGAGAGCCCCUGCGCCCGGGCUGCCCUUGCCUUUGCCGCCCGCCCCGUCUCCGCUCCUCCUCCUCCUCCUCCUGGGCCUCCUGGCGCUGGACCGGGGCUGCGCGGCGCAGUACUCCAGCGACCUGUGCAGCUGGAAGGGCAGUGGAUUAACACACGAGUCUCACAAGAAAGAUGUUGAACAGGUCUACCUCCGCUGUGCUGAAGGAUCCAUAGAAUGGAUGUAUCCCACAGGAGCGUUGAUAGUCAAUCUGCGACCGAAUAUUUUAUCUUCCUCUUCCAAACAUUGGACUGUUUGCAUAAAGCCUUUCAAGGACUCCGCGGGAGCAAAUAUUUAUUUGGAAAAAACUGGAGAACUAAAACUGUUGGUCCGAGAUGGAGACCACAGCCCCACCCGAGUGCAUUGCUUCAAUUUUGAAGAGGGCGGACUCUUUGUUGAAGCUACUCCUCAGCUGGACAUUAGUCGGAAGAUUACAGGCUUCCAGUAUGAACUCAUAAACAAGGGGACGGCAUCAGAUUUGCACACUAUUUCUGCUCCUUGCCGACCUUGCAGCGACACGGAAGCACUCUUGGCUGUCUGCACUAGUGACUUUGUUGUCAGAGGUACAAUCCAAAAUGUCAUCAAUGAAGAAGAGCAGAGAGACUCCAUCAUUGAUGUGAGUGUGGACAGAAUUUACAGGCAGAAGACAAAGAUCUUUAAGCCUACAGAAGACAGUGACAGGUGGCAAGGACAGAUCAAGACUUUACUUCAAUGUGGGGUGAGACCAGGAGAAGGAGACUUCCUUUUCACGGGCCGUAUGCACUUUGGGGAGGCCAGGCUAGGCUGUGCUCCUCGUUUUAGAGACUUCCAAAGGAUGUAUAAAGAGGCUGAGGACAAAGGUCUAAAUCCCUGUGAAAUCGGCCCAGACUGAAUGGCUGAUUUCUUCAACAUAGGUCAUUCUUGGAGUUCCAACAGAACUAACUCUUAGUUGCUACAGAUGCUUUGAUCUAAAUGGAACUAAUAACUGAAGAGAGUGGAACAGCUUGAUGGUGGAGCAUGCUCCUUCCUUUCGAGGUUUGUCAGAAGAGAAUGGACAAGCAUCUAUCAAGAAAAGUUGAAGUCUAAGGACUUUGGUUACUCCAGGAGGCUGGACUCUUUGACCCUGGAAGUACCUUCUAGCAGGUCUAUGAUCUUAUGAAUGCAAGAACCACAACAAGUCAAGUCCUUGUGGCUUGGCACGCUAAUGAAAGUGACAGAGGUACGAGUUAAAGGAUUCAAGGAUGAAAUGCUAUUCCAUAUCUUGCCCCUGUGAACUAAAUUAUUUUUGUAACUUGGGGCUGGGGGUGGGGAGGGAAUCCCAAUGAGAAACAAAUGCAUCGCAAUCUCCAUGUCUUAAAAAAUACAUCAACAGGUGAAUUUUUGUAUCUUUGUAAUACUAAUGUUUAAAAUGUGUUAAACAGAUGUAGCAUUUUGCAUGAUAUAAAUGGACAACUGCGUGGUAGAGGCUGAUGAGACCAUCCAAUGUUUUGUAAAAAGUUUGAUGUACAUUUUUAAAUAUUGUUUCUUAUGACAAAUUUAUGGAACCAAACACUUGCUUUCCUUAGAAAAAAAGAGAAUGUACAAUUACCACCUGAUUUUUUUUCCUCAGGCUGGUCGGUUGUUUCCAUUCCAGAUAAAUAAAAAGUUCCUGGAUUUGACCUGA